AUUUUCCAACACGGAUCCUCACAUUCCCUUAGACCCACCUUCUAAUCCCAGCAGGUGUGAUGGGGAGAUCUCCUUGUUGUGAUGAAAGUGGGGUGAAAAAGGGUCCGUGGACACCAGAAGAAGAUCAGAUUCUGGUGGAUUACAUACAUCAGCAUGGGCAUGGAAGCUGGAGGGCGCUCCCGAAGCUUGCUGGGUUGAACAGGUGUGGAAAGAGCUGCCGGCUCCGGUGGACAAAUUAUCUGAGGCCUGAUAUCAAGAGGGGAAGAUUCACAGAUCAAGAAGAGGAAAUCAUCAUUCGCCUUCAUUCAGCGCUCGGAAAUAAGUGGUCAGCUAUUGCUGCCCGUCUUCCAGGAAGGACAGAUAAUGAAAUCAAGAACUUCUGGAAUACCCAUUUGAAGAAGAAGCUCCUCCAGAGGGGUAUAGACCCUGUGACCCACAAGCCAAGAACUGACCUCGAUCUCCUUGGAAGCCUUACUCAUUUUCUCACUGCCUCCAACUUCAGCAAUUCAAUGAACCCUUGGGACAAUGCUCUCAGGCUACAUGCUGAUGCUGAGCACUUGGCCAAACUUAAAUUGCUUCACAGUCUAAUUCAAGUCAUAUCUGGGAAUUCUCCGUAUAUGGAGUCGAUCAAUCUCAUGGGUCUGCCUGCCUUACGUGAUUUCCAUCAUAGUGAAUCCCUCCAAUUGAAUCACCAUUUCAACAAGCCUCUCGACAGCUCUCUUGCUCAUGUCCAUGACCCCACAAUGAUGCCGCCGAACUUUUCUAACAUAGGAAUCCAGCAACUGUCUGAUGACUAUAAAACUAUUGUGGAAUCAUGUGUUUGUUUCGAAGGACAAGAAACAGUGUCAGCAAUCAGUGGGUCAGGCUCCAAAAUUAUCUGCUUAGACGCCAAUAAUAGUAACAACAAUAAUAACUACAUGGCUAGAUCAUAUAACAUUGCACCUUCAAAUCCAACUCCCAUGUCAGUCUCAGCUUCACCAGAGCUCAUCGGCACCGAUCAAAUGCGGGACCUGAUAAACCCAACUGACAUAUCUGCCCAUUCAUCCACUUCAACUACCUUUGAAGCUUGGGGAGAACUCAACCUAGAUGAUCAAGCAAAUGAUUGCUAUUGGAGAGAUAUUCUAGACCAACCAUCUUCGCCCGCUUGGCUGACUGAAUCCUAAUGGAGAUCUUGAGAUUAUUCUGAGAUAAAGGGGACCAUCCCUUUGUACGUCAAAGAUUAUUUUUAGAGUGUAUUUAAAUUUUUAUGUUUAGAUUAGUGUUUGUUUGGCACGAGAGGUGGUGAUGCAUGCCAUUCAGCAUGUGUUGCUGGAUGAGAACCACACGAUGCUUAGUGUGGUAAUCUGAACCGUCUAUCCUGUGGGACACAGAAUAAAUGAGCUGGGGUCCAAAAAUUACGCAUGUUUGACAUCUAGGUCUAACACUGGAAAAUGGUCAGGAUCAAUGAUCAAUGAUUAUACCCACUUGAUGGAUGGUUCAGAUCAUCCAGCCAUGCGGCAAUAUUGGUCCAUCUAGCCACACAUCCUGAAACGUGCAUGAAUGGUUGAACCCGGCAAGAGCUCAUCAGGUCUUGCUUGAAGGUUAUAAAAAUAAUUUAUUUUGUACAAAUUAAAGAUCCACUUCAUGUAAACCAUGAAUUGCUUAGUUGGUAUUUGUAAUGUAUUGGAUUUCUCUUUCAUUUUUA